AUGAGUAAUAAAAUUAAUAAUUUAUUUAUAGAAUUAUCAAAAGAAUUAAUUAAAGAAAAAGAAGAAUUGGAAAAAGGAAAAGAGGAAUUGGAAAAGGAUAAAUGUAAAUUCAUGUCAAUGAGUAAAAGAAUUGAACAAAUAAAUGAGAGUGAACCAAUUACAUUAUAUAUUGGAAGUGGUGGUAAUAAUAAAUAUAUAACAAGAGUAUCAGUAUUAAAAAGGUUUCCAGAUUCAUUCUUUGGUGUAAUGUUUUCAGGUAGACAUCCAUUAAAAGAGUUUAAUAAUAAACCUAGGUCAUAUUUCAUUGAUAGGGAUGGAGAUUACUUUAAUUUCAUUUUAAAUUAUCUUCGUGGUGAUAAAAUACUAAUUCCAAAAGAUAAUUUCAUUUUAAAAAAAUUAAUAAUAGAUUGUAAAUUUUAUAUGUUACCAGAAUUAGAAGAAAAAUUUAAACAAGAAUAUUUAAAAAUUAAUUCAAAUUAUCAUUAUAAUAAUAAUAAUAAUAAUGGAAAUAAUAGUAAUAUUAAUAUAAAUAGUAUUUUUAAUAAAAAAUGA